CCAAGAGACAUUGCUGUAGUGGUAGCUGACAUCUGAUAUCACAGCAAGCACUCUGAAGUGAAUCGAAGGUUUUUUUAUGGAGGGAAAAAGACAAUAUAUAUGACAGACUUUGAGUGUAGAAAAAGAAGCGAAAGAUCAAGAGAAAAUAAAGAACAAAAAAAGACAUAUUUCCUUGUUGGGAUAUCAGUAUCAAGGCAUGGAAAACAAAUUAAGCCUGAGAUCCUUUCUUUCUUUCUUUCUCUUCACUGUCUGGCUUACAAGAAGUCUUGCCUCAGGAACAGAUGGCGAAACAUCUCUUCAUUCUAAUAAAACACUGCCACGCUCUACUUCAACCAACGAAAGGCUUACAGUUUACAGAAAUGAGUAUGCUGAAUUGGGCACCACUGUCACCUUAAACUGCACCAACACAAAGAUCGCAUGGCGUGACAUGUUUUUUGUCAUCUGGAAAAUUCAUUUGCAAGACAAAGAGUGUAUGAUUGCUGUGGCUAAAAAUGACUCAGACUAUGACACCUGCCAAGAUGGGAAAAAGCUGAACCGCACAUCAGAGGGAACCUACCACCUGAUCAUCCCAAAUUUCUCUGUUCAAGAUGAAGGAAAUUACACCUGUGACAUUUCGUACCAAUCAGGUGGCUCGGUGGAAAUUAUCAAGGUCUCUGCUUUCGCCCGUCCAGACCUAUCUGGCUGGCUGGAAUCUGAGCACGGACAUACUGUCGCUGUGUGUGAAGCUAAAGGCAAAUCAGCAGCCUCCAUUCACUGGGAAACACCGUGGAACUCAUCCUCUCCCAUCAUGCAAGCAUCUAAGACUCAAGACAAGCUUUUCACAGUGAUUAGCCGCUUAUACCUUCCUCGACAUGCUUCUCAUACAAACCUCACUUGUUUGGCCACUGCCAAUGACUCCAAGCACACCAAGACUCGAUUUAACAACUUCACUUUCAGAGAUGCACAUGCCACAUGGCCUUUUAUUCUCGUGGGAAUUUGGGUUACAUGCAUCAUCAUAACUCUUUUAACUGGACUCUACAUCAUGCUCAGAAAGCUCCCAGAGCUAAGAAACCUUUGCUACAAACCUGACACACAAGAGCCUAACGAUCCUGAAGAACUGCACAUCUAUGCCAGGUGCGGGCAAAGAGUGGAAGCCAUCUACAACUCUCUGUGGACCCCUUCGACGCUUCAAACACAUGAUCACACACACGUAUACACAAAUGCACAAACACAUUUCUGAUAAAGCAGAUGUGUUUAUGCAUAGUGAAAUGCGUAGAGGUUUGACCUCGGCAAAUGCAGAUUCAUGCAGGUUUGGUGCACACUUACUCUUUGGAUGAAAUUAAGACCUAAUAUUUUUGUUAAUGAGAGCUGAUGAAACCCCUUCAGAAGAGUUUCCUCCAACAUGCAGACUCUGAUGAGAGA